AAUAUAUUUAAGCAUUAUUUUGAUAAAAAAAUUAUUUACCACCAUAGAACAAAUUAUUAUUUUUAGUCUUGCAUUUGUGAAAAAAAAAAAGAAAAAGUAAGUGUAGGAGUUAAGAUCUUCACAAGGGCUUGUAGGCAGCAUUCACACACAGCAGCAGAUUUGGUGCUGUAUUCCUGCUCAAUAUUUAUUCGCCGCAGCGUAGAGAGAGACCGUACUCUAACGUCCGCAGCGCCAGUCACUUCCAAUUUCUCUCUUCUUUCGCUGAUCUACGCUGGCCUCUAGGAGUUGACAUACUGGGGAAAAAUGGACCAGUAUGAAAAAGUUGAGAAGAUUGGUGAGGGAACUUAUGGUGUGGUCUAUAAGGCGCGCGACAAGGUUACAAAUGAGACUAUUGCUUUGAAGAAAAUCAGGUUGGAGCAGGAGGACGAGGGAGUUCCUAGCACAGCAAUUAGAGAAAUCUCCCUCUUGAAAGAGAUGCAGCAUGGAAACAUUGUGAGGUUGCAGGAUGUAGUUCACAGCGAGAAGCGCUUAUAUUUGGUUUUUGAGUAUCUAGACCUUGAUUUGAAGAAACACAUGGAUUCAUGCCCUGAAUUUGCUAAGGAUCCACGCAUGAUAAAAAGGUUUCUUUAUCAAAUUCUACGAGGUAUCGCGUAUUGCCACUCUCAUAGGGUCCUGCACCGAGACCUGAAGCCACAAAAUUUGCUGAUAGAUCGUCAAACUAAUGCACUCAAACUUGCGGAUUUUGGAUUAGCAAGGGCCUUUGGUAUUCCUGUGAGGACUUUUACUCAUGAGGUGGUGACAUUGUGGUACAGAGCUCCUGAAAUAUUGCUUGGAUCUCGCCAUUACUCCACUCCAGUAGAUGUGUGGUCUGUGGGUUGUAUUUUUGCUGAGAUGGUGAAUCAGAAACCAUUAUUUCCUGGAGAUUCGGAGAUUGAUGAGCUUUUCAAGAUUUUCAGGACCUUGGGUACUCCAAAUGAUGAGACAUGGCCUGGCGUGACCUCCCUACCCGACUUUAAAUCUUCGUUCCCUAAAUGGAAUCCGAAGGAUCUGUCAACAGUGGUACCUAAUCUUGAUCCAGCUGGUAUUGAUCUUCUUAAUAAAAUGCUUUGCUUGGACCCUAGCAAAAGAAUUACAGCCAGGAAUGCACUGGAACAUGAAUACUUCAAGGACAUUGGUUUUGUACCCUGAUCGUGUUUCUCCUUCCAGAUUAUCUCUUGUGAAUAUUGGGAGUCUUAAGGAAGAAAAAUUCUGCCGAUUUAAUUUUUUGCAAGUGAAUUGUGUGUUAGUCUUAUAUUAUUAUUGUAGAUUUUUUUUUUGUUGCUAUGCUUGUUUUUUUCUCAAGGAUUUUGUGUGUAAUUGUCAAGACUUAGGAUUGAGAAUUGUGCUACACCACUGUGAUAUGCUUAUUAUCUCUCUUCCUGGCGACUAUUGAAUAGUUGAUUGUGGUUUUGUGACAAAUUACUCUCUCCCAUCAACACAAGAAAACGUAAAGCAAAAAUUACACGAAUAUUGCUUUGAAUUGGAUGCUUAUCUGCCAUUUAUAUUGAGGCAUCAGCUAGUCGUAGUUUAUUCUGUGCUGUGGUUUUCUUACUCAAAUUUAGUCUUGUACAAGUUAAACUAUUACUACUAUAAUUCUAAGAGAACCAGACUGCAAUGAAGCAAAUUAGAGCACAUCCAUCAUGAUUUCGGCGUAGAGCAGGAGAUAACCAUGAACUUGUAUGAUACCCUUAUGCAUGGAAAAGUACGUAAGGGUGCAAGAGACAUUUGAAGAAGCUUUGAAAGAACUUGAAUACCAUAAGAGAUAUUUUUUUGUUAUUUAUUUAUUUUGUUAUUUGUUUGUUAUGGUGAUUUGAUAGAUUGUUAUUUCUUGCAAAGGAAGUUCUCUUAGUUUGUAUAUAUAUUUAAGGGGUGGAAAAGAGGACUACGCUUGUAUUGAGAAAAUUGUUCACUUUUGAGAGCUUUUAAGUGUGCUCGAAAUAUUCUACUACUAUCCU